GUUUCUACGAGCCUAUUGACAGUGAGCACAGAGGUAUAAAAACGCCCCCCCGGAAACGACUAGUCCUCUUCUAGUGAUCCAAUAUGGCGGACCAGGGUGAAAAGAAGGAGAACCCCAUGAGAGAGCUCCGCAUCCGCAAGCUCUGCCUGAACAUUUGUGUGGGUGAGAGCGGAGACAGACUGACCAGAGCUGCCAAGGUGCUGGAGCAGCUCACAGGACAGACACCCGUCUUCUCCAAGGCCCGCUACACCGUGAGAUCCUUCGGUAUCCGCAGAAAUGAAAAGAUUGCUGUUCACUGCACCGUCCGUGGGGCGAAAGCAGAGGAAAUCCUGGAGAAGGGACUGAAGUUGGCUGGUGGGUGUGCCACUUUGGGUGUUUCCGUGGUUAGGUUGCACUCACCUGUGCUCAUCACCUGUCGGAGGAUGUAGCAGUGGCUGAGCUCG